UAUUUGUUGGAUUGUGACUGAAUAGAAUCAUGGAUAAAUUAGAAAAUUCAAAGGUUUUAAAGGAUAUUGGACUUGAUGAAAAGAAUAAAUGGAUUCUUCAUGAGGAGAAGGCUCAAAAGUUCUUCGAGUUCAUUGCAAACAAUGUCGAUAAUUCCAAUAUUUUAACAAAUUUUGAACUUUUUGAGUAUGAAAAAUUAGUUGAAGCAGGAAAGGUUUUAAACGACGAAGAGCUAGAAAGAGAGCUUAAAAAUAUUGAAGAAUCAUUUCCGGGAUUCUUCUCAGUCAACGAUGAUGAAUUAGAUGAACUUGAAGCAGAAGUUAAGAAAUUGGAAGCAGACAUUAAUGAAAGAUCAGAUAGAUUGUCAAGAAUAAAGGAUUUUGAAGGUGAACAGCUCAAAACAAUAACGGAACUAGAGAGAAUCAAUAGUGAAGUUGCAUUGAAGGAACGUUUGCUGACUGAAGAAUGUUUAAAAAGAUCCAGUGAAUUAGAAAGUCUACAAGAGACAAAUUCCCAGGAAGUCGCGCAAUUAGACAAAAUCUAUACGCAACCGCAGUCUUCACCAACAAUAAUGUCCCAAAUGCCACUGGAUUUAUACUUUGCGAAAUGUAAUGAGCUUUUGAGACUGUUGGAUACAUACAUGACUCAGAAUUUCAAUAUAUGUAAGAGAAAUGAGGAUAUGUAUAAUCCUGAAGAUGAGUCCGACAUUAACAGCCUAUAUCAAAUAAAAGUUGAGAUAAUAAAGAUGCAGAAGAAGAAAUUCGAGGAAGAAAUGAGUGUUGCAGGCAUGAACUAUGUGAUUGAGAACAUUGAUAAGUACAAAAAUUACAUUACUGGUGACUUUUUUGAAAUGAAAUCAGUCAUUGAUUCCUUAAUUUUGGAGAAAGAAAGUCUAGAAGCUCAUCUAAAUGGUCUGAUGCUGGAAGGAAAUUUGAUACUGAAAGAUAUAGCAGAACAAAAGGUCACGAAGAUCCUUCACGAGUAUUUUAUCGGAAAGAAUAAGAGAGUAACGAAUCGUGCUGAAAAAAUCACUCAAGUUCAUGAAAUAACGGAUUAUAUUGCUUAUGUCUGCGAAUUGAUGUGGGCUGCCUGUCAAAUGGACAUUAAUAGGCUCAAAAAUAGAGUAGACAAUAGCAGUGAAAUGAACAAUCAAUCCCAGCAAUGCAUGAAGAGAAUUCGUCAAAUGAAGCAAUUAUCGAUAGUUGAUCAUUCAUCUUACAGCCAUCAGUUCCUUAAAUCAUUCCAAAAACUUCUCAUUGAAAACAUUCACUGUGACAAGAAUGAAUUGUCAUCAAUUGAGAAAUGUUUUAUGGAAUAUAUAAAUCAUGGUGUUCAAGUUAAUGCCGUUAUGCAGAUGCUGAUUGAACAGAAGCACUACAACAAAAUCCAGAAAACCAUAAAAAUGAUUGAUGAGCAGUCAAGCAUUCUUCGAGAUUUGAUAUUUUGUGGACCGACCAAUAAGCCACGACUGUAUGAUCCUAAAUUCAUUGUUCCGUUAUAUGAAAAGCAAAGUAAAAAGAAGGAAUUUGAGAAAAUUUUCCAGGAACUGAAAUAUAAUUUCCAGACUAAAAUCAUUCAACCGUAUUCAAAUGAUAAAUUUUACCGUAUGAAAGAACUACUUUACAUAUGGUUUUGUUCAGAACCGAAAAAAGUUUUGCUUGCAAUUAAAGAAGUCCAAAAGAAGGCUGCUGAGGAAGGAAGUGCAAGCUACAAGGCUCUCAACAUCACUGUCUCACAUUAAAUAAUCAAGUAACGUUAAGCUUAAGUUUUGUAAACGGCAAUAAAUCAUUUAUUUUAUCAGGUGGAAUCGUUUGAUGUGUAGG